CUCUGCCCAUGUGACUGUCAUGGACGCAGAGGGGGCACCCUCAAAAUUUGGGUUCAUACCAAAACGUAUGAAAACAGCGUUGAAAAGAACCAAGAGCGCUACCAAAUUAGACAGAAAAGGUGGAAUUAUCAGAAUUAAAGAAGAAGAAGUAUUUGAACAAGACAUGCCUUUCCUACCGCAUAAAAUAAAGGGAUCCCGGUCCCAUGAAUCACUGCUGUCGGAUCAUGGCGGUAUGGAAACCAGUGAUAUGACAGUAGAAGAUGCCCAAGUCAAACCUUUACAUAGUAGUGUCCUUGGGCAGGAACACUGUUUUCAGAUUACUUCUUCCAUGGGCAGUAAAUAUUAUACCUGUAGAAACUCUCAGAGAGGGAAAAAUGGGUGGAAAGCUUACGUAACACUAUGCAGCCAGACAGAGAUGAGAAAAACAGAAUUGAUAAUUCAUUACAAAUAUCAAUCAUAGAAGCCAAAGGAAUUCCAUCAAAGAAAAAAUAUUUUUGUGAACUAUGUUUAAAUGAGAAUCUUUAUGCCAGAACCUCAUCCAAAGUGAAAGGUGAAAUGUUGUUUUGGGGUGAACAGUUCUCUUUUACGAGUCUUCCAAAUUUUUCAUCAGUUAGCGUACAUCUUUAUAAAGACAGUGACAAGAAAAGAAAAAAAGAUAAAAAUGGAUAUCUUGGCAGUAUAAAUAUUCCUGUGAGUGGCAUCAGCAGUCAUCAAGGUGUUGAAAAAUGGUAUCCAAUCAAUUCUACACUCAAUAGACUGGGUAACAAGAAUGAUGGACCAUCAAUCAGGAUUAAAGCCAAGUAUCAAAAGAUCCACAUAUUACCAAUAGAUCAGUAUUCAGACUUCUUACAGAUGGUCACAGCUCUUGACUAUAAUCUUUGUAAAACUAAUGAUAGCAUGGUAUUCCGUGCAAACUCUAUUGCUACCAAAGCCAUGGAAGCCUAUUUAAAACUUGUUGGAGAUAAGUAUUUAAAAGAUACCCUAGGAGAUUACAUCAGCACACUAUAUGAAAAUGACGAUGACUCUGAAGCGAAAAUAGCUGACCAGGAAAUGGCAACCAGGCGACAGGUCAUGGAGAUGAAUGCACGGCUUAAAGAAGGAGAGCAGCAAUUACGGUGUCAACAAGAAGAGAAAGAUCAACAGAUGAAAGAUAUCAUUACAAGGGAAUGGGGAAAUAUGAAAACAUUCCUUCAUGAAAUAUCUGGGCCGAGUGAUGAAGGCAAUGUAGUUAAUUUUGAUGGUAUUAUUGAUUUAGGCAGAGAGCUUUCUAUCUUACAUAGCUUACUAACUCAGAAUGUCGACUUGUGCAAUAAGGAUUCAUUGGAUAAAUUGGAACCUUUGCCAGACAUUUUGUCUAGGAUCAAUAGUGCUAAGGAACAGCCAAUGGAUGAAUCCAACUUGUUAGCCAAAAAAAUGGCCUUGUAUAGUUCCACGCCAUCGUUACAAUCUAGUGUACCGGAUCAUUUAGCCAAACUAUUCCAAGAUGCUGAUUUGUCUAAUUCUGGUGAUGUAUCAAUACUGCCCUCCUUUGACAGUGCCAUGAAUGAAGGUUCCAAAUCAUGUGCCGUGAACUCACUAGUGCAAUUUUUAAAGAAAGGAGAGCACCGCAAAGAUGAUGUUGAACUUAAAAAUUGUUGUCAUCCCAGUGUUCACUCCCCAGAGGAUUGUGUGCCACUACGAAGGGUUAAUUUGUCUUGUGAUCUGUUCAAGGAACAAUUGUCUGAGGAAUCAUCAAAUGCUCCAUCAUCCAGCGAAACUUCACCUUCGCAAGAUACUUCUGAAAGCUCUCCAGGCUGCCAAAGUCACCAGGAGAUGUCUGUUGCCAUGACAACACGACCACAACCACUGCCUCUUUCAUUUAGUAAUCCUGUAUAUCAGUUAUCAGUGGGAUCACUUAAAUAUAUUGAUGAGACUACCAAUGAUAGCAAAAGCUCUGUCGCCAGCAAUGUUAGCUUCCAAGAUAAAGACUUUGACUCCACGCUAGGUAUGUCACAAAUUGACAGACUGUUUACGGUUGGCAGUAACAGCAGUAGCACUGAAUCGUCUCCUUCCCCAGAAAAAAUGCCAUAUGGCAUUCCUGGCAUCAUGGACGCCCCUCACACAUUGCCAAAGCUGGGAUCAAAGGGGGGUCAUCGAAUAGAGUCAUCUCUUCGUGAGCUUGAACGUUGCGGACAAUAUGCGACAACUUCUCGCAGCAGCAGAAUACCAGAUCAGAGGACCCAAAGUCCGGUCAGGCCAGUUUCUUUAAUGACUGCAUCACCUAGGACUAGAGCUCAUCAUCAUCAUGGACAUCAAACUAUUCGCACGCUGAAUACAGCUGUUAAACAUUCAUUAUAUACCACAAUGGCACAACCAUUACAUGCUGCAGUGCUCUCAGACUCUAGUAGCGGAGACAGCCCAACCACUUCCACUGCUAUGCAUUUCUCUGCCACAUCCAGUAGUAAUGCCACCACACCUUCAUACAGCCCUCUUGGCUUUAACAGCCCACCUGCAGAAUUAUGUCGAAAACAAGAAACUGCCACACAAACAACCAUGGAUUCUCGCACUUUUGCUGAGGAACAAGAGGAAAUGCAGGCUGUCAUCAUCUCCAAACAAAAGAUUAUUGAAGCACAAGAACAACGUAUUGAGACCCUGGACACUGCAAAUGGCAAACUCAUGGUGGCGCUAUCACAGCUGAAAGAACGCUACCAUCUGCAUACAAGAAACGGAUCAUCAAGCAGUCCAAGACCUGCACCCAAAUUCCCUGUGAAUGGAGAAUAUAAAAGCAGUCAUUGUUGA